AAAACGUACCGGUGCGGCCGUAUUUUUUUUCAUUUCUUUCGGUUUACAUUGAUACAUUUUUUUUCUGUAUAUUAAGCAAUUUUGGUUUUUAUUGAAAUAAGAUGAAUAACUGCAUUUACAACCAUGAAGUUUCUAAGCUCCCAGCACGUAUUUACCGAACAAAAACUGAUCCUGCCAUUAUGUCCGUGAUAAAACACUUUAGCGAAAAAACUGACCAGGAGGAGGCGUUCUACGUAUGCGAUCUCAAUGACAUCAUCGAAAGGCACGACAUGUGGAAAUAUUACUUACCCAACGUGGUACCUUACUAUGCUGUAAAAUGUCACGACGACAAACACGUUCUGGAAGUGAUGACCAGCAAAGGAAUAAACUUCGACUGUGCAUCCAAAGCGGAAAUCAGCAAAGUUCUUUCGGCAGGAUGUAGCACUGAUCGCAUCAUUUUUGCCAACCCCGCGAAACCUAUUAGUCAUAUCCGAUUCGCUGCCAAAGUGGGUGUUAACACCAUGACUUUCGAUAACGAAAGUGAAUUGGUGAAGAUCCAGAAAGUGAAUCCUUCUGCCAGUUUGGUGAUUCGGAUCAAAUGUGAAGCCACAGAUGCGAUACGCCCUUUAGGGAUGAAAUUCGGUUGUGAUCCGGUUAAAGAAGCGCCGAGACUUCUUCGUCUUGGUAAAUUGCUGAAUUUGAACGUUAUCGGGGUCAGUUUUCAUGUCGGAUCUGGAUGUAGGGAGCCAGAAGUCUUUUGGAGGGCCAUCAGUGAGGCGCGUAAUAUAUUUAACUUUGUAUAAGUUGGGUAUAAGUUUACAUUACUAGAUAUCGGUGGAGGAUAUCCUGGUGGACAUGGAACUUCUAUUAAGAAGAUUGCCGGCGUAGUAAAUAGUGCCCUGAGUAAAUACUUCGAUGAUUUGCCUGACGUAAAAUUCAUCGCUGAACCCGGAAGAUAUUUCGUCACUUCCGCCUACACGCUCACCUGCAACAUCUACUCUAUCAAAAACGUUUAUGACGAAAAUGGCCACGAAUUCACUCAUAAAAUGUACUACAUCAACGAUGGGGUUUAUGGUAGUUUCAAUUGCAUCUCACAUGACUAUCGUACCCUCGAUCCGAUACCAUUAAGCAAACAGCCAGAUUUGGAAAAGUCCAAACACGUAUCGAGUAGCAUCUGGGGUCCAUCUUGCGAUGGUCUGGAUCAGCUGGUGGAGGAUAUAGAAUUGCCCCUUCUGGAGGUGGGAGACUGGAUUAUUUUUGAGGAUAUGGGUGCAUAUACCUUAAGUGCAGCUAGUCGGUUCAAUGGUUUCCCGUUACCGAAUGUGUAUUAUUGCAUUACGUACAAUGAAUGGCUUAAUGUUAAAGACACCCUCUCUAUACCAAAAGCAAAACUGAUAAUCAUUAACGAGAAAGAAGCAAUAAUUCGAAGCGUUUAAAUCCGCUUACGACAAAUAUGCUGUCGGACCGAAACCUGUGGAAACAUCAUCGAAACGUUGGUCAAUGUGGCUGCUUAGGGUGUGAGCCAAAGCUGAGUGCUAUUGUCCUUUUUCUGUAGUGUCUAUUAUCAAACUCUAAACAGGGUGUUACAAAAUUUGAUGCAAAUAUUUGAAGAACGUAUUGUUACAGUCAGAAUAAGACGUUUUUUUCCUAUUAGCAUGUAUCCUAAAAUGCUUCUUACUUGAAGAAAAUCGACUAUUUGGAACACUGACUAAAGUUAGACGUUUCUAAAUUUCUUGAAAAAAAUCGAUUAUUUGGAUUUAUAAAACUACAAUUAUGCAUCAAUUCUUCUGAAAAUUUGCAUGUCUCCAUUUUUUGAGUGCUCUUUUCAUUUUCCGUCCCAAAAAUUAUGUUAACCCAAUUUUAGGAAAGGAUUUAUGGGGCUUACCCUUUUGAUGGCCCAUAUCUUAUGUUUCCAUUAAGAAUUUUAAAAGUGUAGAACAAUAUCUAAUUAGCCAUGAAAAAAUCGUUAUGCAAGAAAUUUAAGAUUUUUUCAUGUCUAACUAGAUGGUGUACUAGCUACCCUGAAUCCUUCCCUAAAAUUGGAUUUAGACGAUUUUUCGGACGGAAAAUAAAAAGUGCACCCAAAAAAUGGGGACAUGCAAAUUUUCAGAAGAAUUGAUGCAUAAUUGUAGUUUUAUAAAUCGAUUCCAAAUUAUCGAUUUUUUUUAAGAAAUUAGCGCGGGCGAGAGAUACAUCUCUCUCUCACAUAUGAGGCUAUGAGUGCAAAAACGGACUAACCCCAAUAUUAUUAAGUGCUAAAAAACAGGCUUAAAAAAUACGGAAAUGUAAGUGUGCAAAACCCUUUUAAAAGGACAUUUUUGUAGUUCGAAUUAAUUGAAUGUUCUUGAGUGUUACUUAAAUUUGCGGAAUUUGUUUUAAAUUUUUGGAUAUGGCUAAUAUUCGAUUUUUCUAUGUGGGUUAGUCCACUCUGCAUUUAAAAUAGAUUGGGAUUUUUAAUGGGUUACUAUAACUUAAGCUAUAAUAAGUUUUACGUCAAAAACUUUAUUACUCGUAUUGUCACGGGAAUAAAUUAAAAAAAUAGAAACUUUAUUUUUUUAUUAAAUAGGUAAAGUUUCUUCGUCCUCAAUUGGGCCAAUUACUUCACCUCCAGUUGCUUGAUCGGAUGACCUCAGAUUUUUAUAAAAAUUUCGGUAUAUAGGAGGGAUGAAUUUCAUUAACUCAAGGAGAUCUUUCUUUUUAGCGUCAUUAAUGGCAUUACUAUUUGGGUAUAAAAGGGGCAGAUCCUUAAUUUCCUUGGAAACAGAUUUCCUUUUAUUAAGAUCUACUGUGUUAAAAUAAACCUCUUCAUUAUUUCAGUACUUAUACUGAAUAGUAUUGGGAAAAUCUUUUCUAAACCUUAACCAUUGGAUUUUGAGCCUUUUCUGUUUAUUAUGUUACUUUCAGCAUGUCUUAUGACUGUAUCCCAGUCUUAAGGUAUAAAGAUAUGUGGAUGGAAUUCCUUUUCUUUUUCUAAGAUUCCGAAAUCUUGGUCGCAUGGUAAAUAGGAAUGACAUAAAUAAUGGAGAUGCAGUAAUAUAGUUACAUAUCAAUGACAUUUUUAUAUUACGAUUCUGACCACCACAUUGGUCAGAAUACAUAAUAAGUCCCUUCGAUGUAACAAAGUUUUUUAUGUAAUAUAACAAGAUCCCACCUCUUGCAGCUCCCUGGAAGUAAUACUUUCAUCCCAUACAAACAUGAACGAAUUAUUGGUUGCCAUUUCAUGUAUAUUAAAGCAGUAAGUCCAUAACCAAAUGCCUGUGGUAAGUACAGGUGUAGGAAAAGUCUUUAUUAGAUCAAAACAUAAUAUGACUGCUGCGUUUCCACUUUUUGGCAGUUCAGUGUCUUUUCUUAGGGUGUCUCUAGCGCAUUGAGCCUUCCUUUGGUGAAGUUCCUUCUCAACUUCUUAGUGCUGCCUCUAUCUCGUAAUGAAAAGGAAUAGGUCGUUUGGUCCACUGUGCAGUAAAUAGAUUUCAACUUGACGGAUAAUAUUCUACAAUAAAGCCAAUUUUGAAUUUUUGUGGGUUAGUCCGAUAUUGCACUCAUAGCCUCAUAUAGAAAGAAAAAGUCAUAUUUUACCUUCAUCAAUACGCUCUUAAAAAUUUGCAUCAAAUUUUAUAACUUCCUGUAUAUUUGAAUAAAAGUAAAUCAAAAUCUAUAUAUUUCAACUGAAAUAUUACUUAUCUAUUGAGGUUAACGUUUGACAAAGAAAAUCUAAUUCGAUUCGAAAAAAAACGCUUGUAAUUCUAGUUUUAAUUUUAGUUUUAUAUAUUAUUAUCUUAAGACCAAUUAACGUGAACGUUACUACCUUUAAUAAAAUAAAUACAUUUUUAA